CACAAAAUGGCGACAGACAAGGACAUUAAGUCGUCUGUUGUUGCUAGUUCAGAGGAGGUUUUUGAUACAAAUUGCUCACCGUGCUCGGAAUCCGGAAAACUAAUAGAAGCAGUUAAGUUUUGUGUGGAUUGUGGGUCGUAUUUCUGUUCUAAAUGUCUUCAACAUCACAAUAAAUUUCCAGCUCUAAGAUCACACCAGAUAUUAGACAAAUCAGAUAAAAUUAUAUCAGAUGGAAAUAUUGAAACAGGACCCGGACUACCAACAGAAAGGUGCGCAGUUCACCAUGGCAAGUUAGUGGACAUGUUUUGUAAAGACCAUGAUGAAGUGUGUUGCGCAGCAUGUAUUGCUAUAAAACACAGGUCAUGUAUAAAUGUUGAUUAUCUACCCGACGUUGCCCAGGGUAUAAAGAACAGUGCUGAGUAUGGAAAAACUAAAUCAUCACUCGAGGAUGUUCUCAUUGAAUUAAGAGGUGUGAUACAAGCUAAAACAGAUAAUCUCAAAAUACUUCAAAAAGAAAAGGAGCAGUUAUUUGAAGAGAUAGAAAAGUUGAAAACGGAAAUUCUGAUGAAGGUUGAAGAGCUGGUAGAAACUUCGAAACAACAAGUAUCAUUAAAAUAUGGAGAAAUAAAUAAACAUAUCCAGUCAGAUCUAGACGCUUUAAAUACUAUUUUAACAACGACAACCACAGAUCUCCGGAAACUGUCAGAAAAAAAUGAAUCCCAAUUGUUUGUAAAUCUCAAAGCAAGUAAAGUUUCUAUCAAGGAUGUCGAAACGUUUUUGGGUGAAUUAUCAACAGGUAAAGUAAACGAGAUUUUGGGAUUGAUGGCGAAUAACAAUCUGAAAGAUCAACUAAAUGACAUUGAGAGUUUUGUUGUUGACAUUGAUGUGAAGGAAUAUAAAGCAACACUUUCUGAAACAUAUAAUAUCGAUCCGAAUGGUUGUCAAAUAACUGGUAUAUGUGCCAUGGAUGAUGGUUCAUUUGUCAUUGCCGAUUUCACACAUUUAAAACUGAAGUGACUGAAUGAAAAUAUGAUGGUAACAGAUUUUGUUGAAGUAGGUGGAAAUCCAUACUCAGUAUGCAGAGUAGGGCAAAACGAGGUUGCAACGUACAUAUGUGGUAAACGUCGGAUACAGCUUUUUUCGCUCGGAAAAACUAUGCAGUUGACAUCGACAAUAAAUAUCAGCAACUGUAGUGAUCCUGUUGGUGUUUGUUAUGAUACAACGCUUGACGCUAUCAUGUUAUGUGACGGUGAUAAAAUAUCAGUAUAUAACAAGUCCGGUAACUUAAUAAAAAUAUAUGAGAAGAAUAAAAAUGGUGACCAGCUAUUUACAAAAGCAAGACAAGUAGCAAUGAACAUGAAUAAUCAGCUCAUGGUUGUUUCAAAUGACACCGGAAAUAAUGUGAACGCAUUGACAAAAGAUGGUGAAGUAGUUUGGACAUUUAGUGAUCCAGGAUUGAAGAGACCAUGGGGAGUCUGUAUCCUGCCAGGAGACAUAAUCUUAGUCGGUGGACUUAGCUCAAACACUGUACUGCAGGUUAACAAGAAAGGUGAAAAGAUCAGUGAACUGUUGGGAGCUUCUGAACAACUAAACAAACCGCUUGCAUUGGCUUUUGACAAGAGGAGUUCGCGGCUGUUAGUUGGAAGCAGUUCAAACGAUUUACGCGUCUACACGUUGUCUAAGACAUGAACUAUACUUGGGGGAUAAUCAGAAAUACCAUUGACUUGGCAUGAUACUAUCAAACUUUGUUAUCAUAAUAGUUCUGUGAUGAAAGAAUGUUCAUUGUUUUGGUAAAAAUCAUUUCAAAUAACAGGCAUGCCUUGCUAUCUCGUGUGCACGCUAUUGUUAACAUUGGUAAUUGAUAAUUUUCAAUUCAUAUUUCUGUUUGAUUAAUACAUGUGAAGUGUGAUCAUUUAACUUAAAGCAUUGCAUACUUUAUCGGCCAAAUUAACAUGCCCACUUAGUUUUUUAGUCUUCAUCUCGUCGAUGUUUCUAAUUAUUUGUAAUCUUUCUGAAUUAAUUAUGUAGGUGUGUCACAUUUAAAGCUGCAUGCCUCCAAAAAAUGAACCAAAAUAUUUUAAAAAUAAUCAAAAUUCAGAAAAAAAGUACAUUUUGUACUGAGAUUUUAAAUAAAGGGAAAAGAUUCCAGAUAAAGGGAAAAAACAAAUCCAUGUUCUGUGCGAUUUAUGGCCAAUUUUGCAGUAUUUUCACCAUUUUUCUACUGCUUAGGG